CUUCCUUCCGGCGGCCUCCUUCGCCAUGGCGGCGCUUCCCUGGCGGCCGCGGUUGUUCGCGGCAUGUGGCGGGGCGGCCUCGUGCUGCGCCAGGUACUGCUCAGGAACUGCAGGACUACAGAAAAAAUGCACUGAUCCUCAAGAAGUGGCUGAUAAAAACAUGCUUGUGACUGAAGAAAAAAUUGUUCUUCCAAGAAAGAAAACCUGGGACAAAUUAGCUGUUCUUCAAGCACUUGCAUCAACAGUACACAGAGACCCCACAGCUUCACAAUCAGUGUUUCAAGAUGACCCGUACCUUAUUCCUCGAACCAGUACUGAGUUUCGCUUAUUUUUCAUGUCAAAAGAGUCCGGGAGAAAUGCAGCCAAAUAUAUCGUUAACACCCAUCCUCGAUUUUUUGAGAAGGACAUUGCUGAACCUCAUAUUCCGUGUCUGAUGCCAGAGAACUUGGCGUUGCAACUUGAAGAAGUGUCUGAGGCUGCACUUAAGGAACGGAUCCAGCUCAGAAAAGUGAACGCUGCUGUUGACACAUAUGAUCAGCUUCAACAAGCAGGAACUUCUGUAUCUCUGGAGACAUCAAACAGUCUCCUGGAUCUCUUAUGCUUUUAUGGAGACAGGGAACCCGUUCAGGCAACCGAUCCUGCAGGCAACAGGGAAUUGGAACAACAGGAGGAAGGUUUGGAAGUCAGAAAACAGAGAAGCAACAUGUGGAAAACUUCUGAUACCACUGGCAUUAAGUGGAGGGAGAACAGCAAUGCCGAGAGGGUGUUCAACCUUAUGCCAGAGAAAAAUGAUCAUUCCUAUUGCACUAUGAUCAGAGGAAUGGUGAAGCACAGAGCAUACUCCAAGGCCUUUGACAUGUACACUGACUUGUUGAACAACAGGCUGAAAGGUGACGUGUAUACAUUUAAUGCAUUAAUUUCAUCAGCUGCAGAAGUAAAAGAUAAAUAUGUCGAACGAUGGAACCUUGUUGAAGACUUGCUGAGACAGAUGGCUCAACAGAAUGUACAGCCGAACCUGCUAACCUUUAAUUCUGUGAUGAAGGUGCUGGCCCAGUGUGGCUCUUUGGGCAGGAGCCUGGCCCUGCAGACCUUGAGUGAGAUGAGGGCACUCAAUAUAGAACCUAGCUUGGCAACAUAUGACUACCUCCUCAGUGUAUUUUAUAAGUCUGCCAUAUCUGCACGCGGCCCAACAGAGAUUAUCUAUGAAGUAGUAGAUGAAAUUGAAGGAAAGAACUUUUACCCUCAGGACCCAGCUGAUACCAGUUUUUUCUCAAAUGCCAUGAGAAUUUGUUUGGAUAUAAAGGAUGUUCAGCUUGCUUAUAAGUUACACAGAGUGGUGGAGACAGGAGAAAACUGGAAAAUGAUGGGAGACAUGUUCCAGCAGACCUCUUAUUGUGGAAGGUUUUUUGGUUUGUUGUGCAUGAUGGAACAUCUUGAUGUUGCUCUGAAAUGGUACAAAGAGCUGGUUCCUUCAAUGUUUUACCCAAACUCUGAAGGAAUGCUGGAUCUUCUUCGAGCACUGGAUGCAGGCAGCCGUUUGGAUAUGAUUCCCCAAAUUUGGAAAGAUAUCAAGCAGCUUGGACAUGGUUACAGGCCUGUUGUUGUGGAGGAGGUUCUGAAUCUUAUGGCGAGAGAGAGGCAGUCUCCAGAGACUCAAGUGGCUUUUGCCGACUGUGCCGCAGAUAUAAGAUCUGUCUAUGAAGGACAGGAGGGAAGCCGCAACCCACUCGAAUGGACUGCCGCCGCUCUGGGAAACUCCGCCCUCCUGUUCGCCAGAGCUGGGAGAACACCAGAAGCCUGGAGCAUGCUGGAGCUCUUUAAGAAACACAACCGAGUCCCCAGUGAUUUAGUGAUGAAUGAGGUGUUGAACUGCAUUAAGCAAAGCAACCGCCCAGAUCAGGCACUUGACCUGGUGAAAUUGGCUGCCAAUUUCAGUCUACAGUCAACUUCACAGCUUGCUGGGAGAGUGCAGAAGGAAUUCCCACUCUCUGAAGAGCAAAGGAUCGCUGUGGAUGAUAUGGUGGCCAUGAGCAGCAACAGUGAUGAAUAGACGCUCAGAAGAACCUUUUCCUGUUUUAUUAUCUACCAUGUGGCAGACGAAGGGCCCAUCCUGGAAAACAGUACUGGGCUUGACGUCCGGUGGGACAGUGCUCUGCUGGUCAGCCUGGCCCAUGACAGAAUUAAUGAUGUGCACUGAAUGUCAAGUUUUGGCCUGACCUUGUUGUGGGCAUUUCACCCUCCACCACUACCCUGUACAUACCAUUUUUAAAAAGAAUACUAAAGAUAUGUAUCUGGGAAAAGAAAACUGUACAUGAUUGCUGCUGUUUUUCCAUUUUUAAAUGAAAAUGCAAAACCAUCUCCAUCUGCAGUAAUUAUCUGAGAAAAGGCAUUUUUCAAGGCAACCGAAGAGGAAUUUCCUGCUUUAACUCUGGCGCAAGUGAGGGCAUUGUAUGCAUGGGACAGGACCUCUUCUGGCCCUGUGGUGCAAGAAAUCCCUUUCUCUGCAUCCAGCCGUGAGCGUCUUUUCUCGGUCCCUUGUGCCACCAGAACGGGAAUGCUGGGAUCCAAGUUUUGAAGUGACCUUAACUGCUAGAUCUGAACCAAUGUAGUAAAGGCAUUACUUUGUUUUUCA